AUGGUAACAAAAUCAGAAUCAAAAUUAUCACAGUACGAUCAUCGACCCAGUCCUACCAGAACCCGUCUCCGAAUCCCGCCGGCGGCGGCGGCGGCGGCCGACGAAACUUUGCCGGCAGAAAUCAUCGAAGAAAUCCUGUUAAGACUGCCCGUCAGGUCCCUCUUGAAAUUCACCUCCGUUUCAAAAUCAUGGCGCGCUUUGAUCUCCAGCAACGAUUUCAUCAAAGCCCAUCUCGAAAUUUCAAGAAAAGACACAAACUUUACCCGUUACGGCGUCGUUUCAGCCUAUCUGCCGCUCAGUCACUGCUCUUUGCCGUCACUGUUUUCUGGGCUUGUGACUGACGCCGUUAGCGUCGAUUUCCCGUUUCCAAUUUCCGUAGCCACAGUAUGUGUGCGUGGCACGUGUAACGGCCUCGUCUGCAUAGUCAUUAGCAUGAAACACAUUUUCUUGUGGAACCCAUCCACUAGAAAGUUCAAGCAAUUGCCCGAUGCCACCGAUGAUAGGUUGACGAUGUUCGUGAUCAAUUACGGAUUCGGUUACGACGAGUCGAACGACGACUACAAGGUUUUGGUAGUCUUUAAUGGCGGUAGAGACGGAGCCAUUGUGAAAAUCUAUAGUUGCACGACUAAUUCUUGGAAAAGAAUCGAGGCCUUCGAGGACGGUCUCCCAUUUAACGAAACCGGGAGAUUCGUGAGUGGGAAUCUUCAUUGGAGUAGAAGAAGAGUUAAUGAAUCGGAUUCGAAAUGGGAUAUUGUUUCGUUCGAUUUAGCAAGUGAGAUAUGCGGGAAUGUGGCUCAACCGAUUUACGUUGACGGUGAUUUCGCCCCGUGGUUUCGGCCGUUUGGUGAUUGCCUUUGUGUGUUCUAUGAUCACCCGGGAAUCGGUGUGGAUGUUUGGGUAAUGAAGGAGUAUGGGGUGAGUGAAUCUUGGGCUAAAAUUGUGACGGUGCCUUAUCUUCAUGAUCCCGGGCAAGGUCGGUUCUCGAAACCGUUCUGCAUUGGACCGAAGGGCGAAAUCUUGGUCGAGUGUUUAAGGAGUUUCAUGAUUUACAGCCCGAAAGAUAAACGGUCGAGGCUUGCUGAGAUAAGAAGCGCUUCUCCCUUUCUUGAAGCGGAUGUGUACUGUGAAAGUUUAGUCUCGCUUGUCUAA